AAUAAGCUUGUCAUGCUAUAAAUAUAGUAAAAUAUUGUUCACUAUAAUGUAUAAAGAAUCAUAACUGUAUAUACUAGCUACUAUUACGCAGUUAGAUUAAUAAGCCAGGAGUGCUACUCAUACUUAGCUAAUUAAUUGUCAUUCCAUAUUAUGGGGUGAGGCUCUUUACAGAUAAGGAAUUAUUUUUUCAGGUGGUCUCAUUGCAAAACUCCAUAAACGUCACCACUACAAAGAACAGUACCAACUUAAUUGCUUUAAAAGUUAAAGCACUAUAGUGAUACGACACUAUUCUGGUCAGUUCUGGACUUUUACAUUUUGUUGAUUUUUCAGUUUGUUGAUUUGUUUCAUUUACUGGUUAGUUAUUACUUGCAUAUACUUUUUAUUUGAAUUGUUAUAGACAUGUCAUCCUCAUCGGAAGAAACAGAAGAGAAGCAUAUUCCUGGUGUUUCGACUACUGCGUCGGCAAAUCGACCGGAAUUGACUCGUGCAGUUCUGAGUGAAUCUCUAGCAUCUCUGAUAAGUUCAACUUCAAGUCUCGCUAGACGUAAUGAUCCGAAAGCUAUUCCUGUAUUUGAUGAAGAUGAUGAGGAAGAAGAAGAUGUUCAUAGGCGAGGAUCAUCAAGUCGUCAUUCGAGUUUUGCAUCGUCUCCUGUAGAGGGAUCUAGUCGAGCUCAUAUUCGAGAUCGUAGGAGAUCAAGUGCCUUUAAAAAUAGAUCAUUCUCAAACUCCAGUUCUUUAGGAAGAGCUGCUCUUCAAACACUUCGGCAAUCUCUCUCAUUAUCAUCAUCUAUGGAUUCUAAUGCUUUAGGUGGAAACCUAUUACGUCAAACAACUACAUACACGGUGAAAGAUAUCUAUGGGGAAAUGGAUGAAGAGAAUAUAAGAAUGGAAAGAACUGCAACAAGAGCAACUAUACUUAAUGAAUUAGUAGGUAGAGUCCAAAGUGUAGGAUAUAGACGAAUUGCAGAUCAAGAUCAAGAAAGCCAAGCAACAACACCAAAGAAGACACCCCAAAAGUCAUAUCCCGGCGCUCCUGAAGUUGAGGAAUUACCAGGGAGUGACGAAAGUCAAGGCUUUUUAUAUGAACAAAUUCCUGAUAUUGCUGUCCCCACAAAAGAUUUUGGUGAUGAAUUCACAGCUAUAGAUCCAGAAUUGGUUACUUGGGAUGGACCUGAUGAUCCAGACUAUCCUAGAAAUUGGACUAAGGGUACAAAAGCAUUUCAAUUAUUAAUAGUUUCAUUAUAUACAUUAAUAUCACCUAUGUCUUCAUCUAUGCUUUCGCCAGCUAUGACAGAAAUUGGAGCAGAUUUAGGUAUGCAUUCUCAAUUUAUUGAGUCUUUCAGUGUAUCUAUCAUGGUUUUAUCUUGGGCUCUUGGACCAUUAUUAAUUGCUCCUAUUUCUGAAAGUGAUAGAUAUGGUAGACGACCAGUAUUGAAUAUUUCCAUUUGGAUUAUCUGUAUAUUUAAUCUCGCAUGUGGAUUCGCCAAAAAUACCGUUCAAUUAUGUGUUUUUCGAUUUUUAGGUGGAUUAGGAGGUUGUGCUGCUUUAAAUGUAGGAGCUGGGACGUUAGCAGAUUUAUUUAAUGAUAGUGAAAGGCAGAUGGCUAUGGCAGCAUACUCUAUCUGUCCUACAAUGGGUCCUAUUUUAUCACCAAUCAUUUCAAGUUUCAUUAUUACUGGUAAAUCAUGGCAUUGGGUGUUUUAUGUCUUGGCUAUUUUUAAUGGGGCCGUUGCAUUAUUGGGUACGAUCUUCUUCAGAGAAACUUACUCACCCCGUUUACUAAAAAUAAAAGCCAAUAUUUUAAGAAAGGAGAGUGGUAAUCCACAUCUUCAUACUAUUUUCGAGAUUGCAGAUGGUGAAACUAGUUGGGGUAAAUUUAUGAUAACUGUUAGUCGUCCUAUAAAAUUACUUUUUACUCAUCCUAUGAUUAUUGGAUUGGGGUCAUUUAUGGCAUUUGUUUACGGGUUCAUGUACUUAAUGAUUGUUACGUUUCCAAGAGUAUACCGUGGAACUUAUGGCUUCCUGGUAGGAAUUAGUGGAUUAAUGUAUUUACCAAUGGGGAUAGGAUAUGUUGUGGGGACAGUAUUUUGGUCCAUGAUGAUUGAUCGAAUAUAUCAUAAAUUAACGGCUAAGAAUGGGGGUGUUGCAAAACCUGAAUUUAGAUUACCUUGUUUAUGUUUUUCAGGAAUUGGAAUUCCGGUGGGGUUAAUCUGGUACGGGUGGUCUGCUCAAUACAAGUUGCACUGGAUAAUGCCUGCAAUAGGUUCUGCAAUAUUUGCAUUUUCAUUUAUUGCCGUAUUUCAAACCAUUCAAAAUUAUUUAAUUGAUAUGAAUAAUAGAUUUGCAGCCAGUUCUAUGGCUGCUGCAGCAGUAUUUCGAUCUUUUUUUGGAUUUGCAUUCCCAUUGUUUGCCAAUGAUAUGUACGAUACAUUAGACUAUGGGUGGGGUAAUACCUUGUGUGCAUUAAUUGGGUUAGCAUUAGGCUUACCGUUUCCCAUCUUUUGUUUAAUAUAUGGGGAAAGAUUAAGAUUAUGGGCCAAUCGGAGAAUGGAUAGAGAGCAAGCUAAGAGAGAUGAGAGAAAUUUAGAGAGACUAAGAAAGUUGCAUCAGCAGGAGGCAGGAUACCUUGAGACGAAGGAAAGUGUGUAGAGACAUAGAAUAUAGUAAAUCUAUAUAUAGUAGUAUUAAUGUAUAAAAUAACAUUAGAUCGGG